AGCAAGACAGCGAGCGAGCCAGCGAGCGGGAAGCAGCAGCCCCGGGCUGGCGGGGAGAGGACACGCCGGGCUCUGCAGCCAUAGUGAGCACCCCUGGGCUCCUGCUGCCCUGGACCCUCGGCCCGAGGGGUCUGGCCUCUGCCCCCAGGCUCUGAGAUCCGGCCGGCCAGCCGGGGGCUGCCUGGUGCCUCCGCUUCCUUCCUUGCUGUCUGGACGUGACCAGAGGGAAAGUUUUGAAAGAUGCCGAUUGCCCAGCUGCUGGAGCUAUGGAAGAAGAUAGAGGUGGAGCCCAUGGAAAUAGAGACCACCGAGGAAGACCAGACCCUGGACUCGGCGCCCACCACAGAGGAAACCGCUCACGAGGAAGAAGGUGUUGUCAAGGAGAUCGACAUCAGCCACCAUGUGAAGGAAGGAUUCGAAAAGGCUGACCCUUCCCAAUUUGAGCUGCUCAAGGUUUUAGGACAAGGGUCCUACGGGAAGGUGUUCCUGGUGCGGAAGGUCGCGGGUCCCGACGCGGGACAGCUGUACGCCAUGAAAGUUCUGAAGAAAGCGACCUUGAAAGUUCGGGACCGCGUCAGGUCGAAGAUGGAGAGGGACAUCCUGGCCGAAGUGAAUCACCCUUUCAUUGUGAAGCUGCACUACGCCUUUCAGACAGAGGGGAAGCUCUACCUGAUCCUGGACUUCCUGCGGGGAGGGGACCUCUUCACCCGGCUCUCCAAGGAGGUGAUGUUCACGGAGGAGGACGUCAAGUUCUACCUGGCUGAGCUGGCCUUGGCUUUGGACCACCUCCACGGCCUGGGCAUCAUCUACAGGGAUCUGAAGCCAGAGAACAUCCUCCUGGACGAAGAGGGACACAUUAAGAUCACAGAUUUCGGGCUCAGCAAGGAGGCCGUGGACCACGAUAAGCGAGCGUACUCCUUCUGCGGGACCAUCGAGUACAUGGCGCCCGAGGUGGUGAACCGGCGCGGGCACACGCAGAGCGCCGACUGGUGGUCCUUCGGCGUGCUCAUGUUCGAGAUGCUCACGGGGUCCCUGCCGUUCCAGGGGAAGGACAGGAAGGAGACCAUGGCCCUCAUCCUCAAGGCCAAGCUGGGCAUGCCCCAGUUCCUCAGUGCGGAGGCGCAGAGCCUGCUGCGCGCCCUCUUCAAGCGCAACCCGUGCAACCGGCUGGGUGCUGGCAGUGAUGGAGUGGAGGAGAUCAAGCGUCACCCUUUCUUUGUGACCAUAGACUGGAAUAAGCUGUACAGGAAGGAGAUCAAGCCGCCCUUCAAGCCCGCGGUGGGCAGGCCCGAGGACACCUUCCACUUCGACCCCGAGUUCACCACCCGGACGCCCACAGACUCACCGGGCGUGCCCCCCAGCGCCAAUUCUCACCACCUGUUCAGAGGCUUCAGUUUCGUGGCCUCCAACCUGGCCCAGGAGCCCCCGCAGCAGGACCAGCACAAGACCACGGUCCACCCCAUCGUGCAGCAGCUGCAUGGGAACAACGUGCACUUCACUGAUGGCUACGAGGUCAAGGAAGACAUCGGGGUGGGCUCCUACUCUGUGUGCAAGCGGUGCGUGCACAAAGCCACCGACGCGGAGUACGCCGUGAAGAUCAUCGAUAAGAGUAAGAGAGACCCCUCGGAGGAGAUAGAGAUCCUGCUGCGGUACGGCCAGCACCCGAACGUCAUCACCCUCAAGGACGUCUACGACGACGGGAAGUUCGUGUACCUGGUGACGGAGCUGAUGCGCGGCGGGGAGCUGCUGGACCGCAUCCUGCGGCAGAGGUGCUUCUCGGAGCGGGAAGCCAGCGACGUGCUGUGCACCAUCAGCAAGACCAUGGACUAUCUGCACUCGCAGGGGGUUGUCCACCGAGACCUGAAGCCCAGUAACAUACUGUAUGUGGAUGAGUCUGGGAACCCUGAAUCCAUCCGGAUCUGCGACUUUGGGUUCGCCAAGCAGCUGCGUGCGGAGAACGGGCUGCUGAUGACACCCUGCUACACGGCCAACUUUGUCGCCCCGGAGGUGCUGAAGCGGCAAGGCUAUGACGCGGCGUGCGACAUCUGGAGUCUGGGCGUCCUGCUGUACACCAUGCUGGCGGGGUUCACCCCCUUUGCAAACGGCCCAGACGACACCCCCGAGGAGAUCCUGGCACGGAUCAGCAGUGGGAAGUACGCCCUUUCCGGGGGGAACUGGGACUCCGUCUCCGACGCGGCCAAGGACGUGGUCUCCAAAAUGCUCCACGUGGACCCUCAGCAGCGCCUGACGGCCGUCCAGGUCCUGAAACACCCGUGGAUCGUGAACCGAGAGUACCUGUCCCAAAACCAGCUCAGCAGGCAGGACGUCCACCUGGUGAAGGGUGCGAUGGCCGCCACCUACUUUGCUCUCAACAGGACCCCGCAGGCCCCUCGGCUGGAGCCCGUGCUGUCGUCCAGCCUGGCCCAGCGCAGAGGCAUGAAGAGACUCACGUCCACGAGGCUGUAGCGCCAGGACCUGCGCCAUCCUCCGCUCCCAGCUCUGGCAUCACGGGUGUCGCUGCGGCGACCACAGCGCUUUCGCUCGGCCCACGUUUCCUCGUUCAGCCCAGAGGGUCCGGACGGUGACCUCCCAAUGCUGCCUCACUCUGCCAGCCUUUCCACCUCCUUCCCAGCCACACAGGUUCUGGGCACCGCGGCCACCAUGCCAAACACCUGGGCUCCUGCCGGCUCUGUUUACCGUCAUGGCUCCCGUUCGUGUGGACAGAUGUUUUUCCAAAGAGAAAGCCAGUCACCUGGUCGGAAAUGCAACACGAGGUCCUAGUUGUACACAGGAGGCUUCGAGGUCCCGGGAGGGCCCGCAGCUGAAGGACGUCAGAGCGGGCACAGGGCACCAGAGCAGAGCCCUGUCCCCUGAAGACCACCCAAGGAGCCUUUGUCUCGCUGCCCCUGGCGCCAGGCCUCUGCUGGGUGAGGGCCGGCCUCCGGGCCUGCUUCCCUGUGGCAGUGGGUUUGCUCGCCUCACUCCACUCACUGUCUGUGGAGGCCUGUGCCCAUCAGGACCCCGAGCUCAGUGCCCAGUGUCUCCCCACGGGGACAGAAGGAACCAGUGGGGAGCUGGAAGCUUUGGCAGCAGAGAGGUGGCGCAGCUUGUGGAAGCUCUGCUGUGCUGUCAUGUUUCUGUCGAAUGGACCCGCCUUUACCAGCGUUCCGUGACCGUCAGCUUGUCGCUGGGUGCACGCACAGGCCCGGUGUGCUGCUGCCAGCCAGGCGAGCGUUGCUGCUAAACCCAACCACCACCGCCACCCGUCCAUCUGUCCCUCUGAGCUCGGGUGGGGCUGCGGGAGCACCUGGUUGGCACAGCUGGGCUCCCACUACAAAGACAGUGUUUCGUUGCUUCUCUUGCCCCUUGGCCUCUGCGCAUCCUCACACACAGAUGCCCAUGCCACCUUCUGGAAAGGACUUCUUAGCUUGGUCCCGGGCUCUCAGACCUCAGAACAGGAGCUGAGUUAGUGCACACAGCAUUUUUUGUCACAGCGCACAGGACAUGGAAGGCGGGGACACAUUCCUGCCCCUGUGUUCCCGCAAAGCCCUGUUAGGCAUUUCCCAUUUUCUCAGUGGAAAAUGCUUCCCAAGGUGCCAAUGACAUCUGCCCCCAGUGGUCUUGCUCAGGUCCGGUGACGUCACACAUUGGAACAGGGACAGCUGGAGUGCCCACAGGCCCCAGGGUCUCCCUGCCUGGAGGCGGCCGGAGCCUUUCUGUCUCGGUGCCGCUGGGUCCCCAGCUCCCCACCGGGGCCCUCAGCCUGGCCUGUCUGCACGAGGCUUAUCCCUGAACUCUGAUGGAAGGACCCAGAGUCCGGAGAGGGUGGCGGGACACCAGGUGUGUCCACACUGUCAUCCCUACUGUGAUGGCCCACCCCCAUCCGUCUCUGCUGUGUAGCGAGUGUGGCCGACAUGCGAGCUCCUACUGGGGGCGGCCUGCACAGCCGGACCCGGCAGAUUGCUCGCUCCCCACCCCGCCUGUGAUCCUGAGGCCUGGCGGGCCCGCGACCUCACCCCAUGCCGCCCUGCCCUGCUGAGUCUGUGAAACACUGUGUCCCCACCUUCAUGCCGGGCGAGGUGAGAAAGGCAGCCUAGAGAACCGAGGUACCAGUGGGAAGCCCGCCUGCCCGAAGGCACCUGGGGGAUCCAGCAGCCACUCCAUCAGGGGGAAUGACGGGGCGAUGGGUGUCUUCACCAUGCCUGGGCCAGCUCCCCUACCUCGGUGAAUGGCACCAUAGGACUCGUUCAGGUGACAGGAAGUCACAGCCUCCAUUCACAGCCCUGGGUCAGGAAAGCAUAGGAUUCGUUCAAAGAAAAGCAAGCCGUGGGCCUCAGGCCUCUGGCCCACCACAAAACAGACCAUUCGCAGCACCUCUAGGGUGUCACCCUGCCCCCGUGACUCCCAGUUUGAGAGAACCUGGCUCACUGCAUUGGUGUGAGGGGCUUCACAGAAGCCACCCCCAAGGCAGACUGGGCAAGUGCCAGGCGUCCCUUCUGUCCUGCAGUGUGGCUGUGUACUGGCUUCCCGCCUGUCGAUGUUCGGAAGGCUGUUCGCUUUCCAGGUGGUGAGGGUUCUCCAUGUCAGCUCCCAGCGUUGUUCUCUAAACGGCGUCCCCGAGGCCGUGUGAGGACGCCCCGGUCCUUCCUGGGCCCCUGCAGCACCCGGGACGGAUCGCACCGCCUUUGUUCCCACGUGCUCGUAGCCCCCACCUCCGAGAGUGAGAAGAUGAGAAGACUAGUGGGAGCAGCGCCUGAGCGGGGAGGCCUCCCGAACUCAGGGGACCCCGUGGGAAGGGACGAGAACUCGUGGGUGGAGGCGGGUCCGGAGCCGCUUUCUCCCGCAUCCCGGCCUUGCACUUUGUUUACAAGCCGCUUCCGUUCAUGGGCCCUUUUCCUGCUCGCGCUUUCGAUUUGUGUUCGAGACGGGCGGCCCCUGUACAGAUAUUUAUUACGCUUUCCAGACUUUCUGAAUAGGUUUUUUUUAAAUAAACAUGGGUUUUAUGAAGUGUAAUACU